CUUAUCGCAAGAGGUCGGGAAAGUCGCGGAAAAAUCGUCCGAAAUUCAAAAAGGAAAAUCGACAAACUCAGCUCCAGCAGCUCCGUGAGGGGCCGGUUUCGUUUGGUUUUAGUUUUGCGCGCGCCUUGCUAGAGGAAGCACAGGCCAGUUGAGAACAUUUCGGACUGAAAAAAAUAUUGAGGCGAAAAAGUGACUCUAAAGUAAAAUUGAAGUUUUCGGGGUACAAAAUGGCGUUCAACGGCGACGGACCUCACGCGAAAAGGCAGCGGACGGACAACGAUACGGCCAAUAACAGGCAGAGCUUUAAUGCUAAUACAGAAGAGCCACGAAGAAAACGACCGGAAGAAUCGAAACCGAAUCACGUAUUGCUUUUCACAAUUAUCAAUCCCAUGUAUCCUAUCACUGUGGAUGUUUUGCACACAAUUUGCCAGUCGAGCGGACAAGUCCUCAGAAUAGUCAUAUUCAAGAAGAACGGCGUACAAGCUAUGGUCGAGUUUGACAGUGUAGAAGCUGCAAUGAGAGCCAAAGAAAGUUUAAACGGAGCCGACAUCUACUCCGGCUGUUGUACGUUGAAAAUUGACUUUGCCAAGCCGGAAAAACUAAACGUGCACAAAAACGAUUCGGAGAGCUGGGACUACACAAUUUCUCUAGUAAAAGAAAACACAAAUGGCAGACCGCAACCGCUCCUACAAGAACCGCACUACGGCUCGAGACCGCAACCUUACAGUAAGUAUCCAUAUCCAUCGGAUCCGCACCGGUUCGAGGAGCUGAGCAGCGCGGCAAUAGCGCCGGGCGGGUACCCACACGACGCGCCUCCAUUCGGUCCCGGAGCGGUAGCGGCGGCGGCCGCCGAUGUGUUCAGAAAAAGCGGUGGCGCGCCGCCGCCCGCCGCCGCCGCUCCCGACUUCAGGGCGGCGGCCGGAGAACCGCCGCGGCCCAAUCCGUUCCAGCAGCCCGGCGCCGUGCUGAUGGUCUACGGUCUGGAUCCCCUUCGGACCAACGCCGACAAAUUGUUCAAUUUGAUGUGUUUGUACGGGAAUGUGGCAAGGAUAAAGUUCCUGAAAUCCAAAGAAGGCACAGCGAUGGUACAGAUGGGCGAUAGCGUGGCGGUGGAACGUUGCGUUCAAAAUCUGAACAACGUUAUAGUGGGACUGACAGGUGCCGCUCCGCUACUCAAUCACCAUCACAAAGACAUUAAAGAAGAAAUUGAGGCGCAACUGAAAGAACACAAACUGCAGCUCGCUUUCAGCAAACAGCCGUACCUGAGCGAAGUGACGAAUCCUUAUCCGCUACCGGACAAAUCGCCGUCGUACAAGGAGUACCUCAACAAUAAAAAUAACAGAUUUAUGAAUCCAACUAUGGCCAGCAAGAAUAGGAUUCAGCCGCCGAGCAAAAUUUUACACUUCUUCAAUACGCCACCGCAAGUGACCGAAGCCGAACUAAUCCAGGUGUUCAAAGACUACGACGUGGUACCACCGAAAGCGGUUAAAUUGUUCCCGAUGAAAUCCGAACGAAGCAGUUCGGGUUUGUUGGAGUUCGAAACGACCACGGAAGCUGUGGCGGCCGUUAUGGCGUGCAAUCACGCCGCUAUCGAAAGUCCAGGUACGAAAUUCCCAUUCAUAAUGAAGCUGUGCUUCUCGUCGUCGCGAAGCAUGACGAUCCGUAACGGAGACAACGCCAACGGCUCGACGCCGGCCAAAGACGACGCCAAAGGCCCCAAUUGAAACAAUACAACUAUCGAUUCCUAAAACGGACAUAACUUAUUAAUUAAUGUAAAUUUGUUUUUAUUUGUUAUUAGUUUUUAGAAUAUGGUCACAUAUCCUUUCCACGUUGAAUUUGAUUUUAAUUAUUAUUAUUAGUAUUAUUGGUAUAUUAUAGAGAAAACUGAAAAAAGGGUGUUGCAACAAGUGCAAUAACAAAAACAAUUAAAUUAUUGUUGAAUCGAUUUUUGUUACACCCCUGCGUUGUUGAGGCGUGAUAUUUUUUUUUUCAAUAUGUGAUUUUUUACGGUCGUACUUAUAUUGUGUAGUUUGGACUUUUGAAGAUGGUACGCGGUAGCUUUUUUUCCCAGUGGACCAAAGAAACGAAUAACUUUUAUUUUUCGAUUGGCUAACUUUUUACACGGUGCGAGAGCUACAUAUCUCCAAACUCACACGAUAUUUAUAGAUGGGGCAACCAGAGUUGCCAAAAAAAAGAAAACAAUGUUUAAUGUUGCCCCAUCUAAAGUUAAUAAUUAGGAUUUUAUAUUGAUACUUUUUUAGCUACAUAUCGGGAAUUUUUGAAAAAAAUUAAGCUUUAUUGCAACGACUUUUGAAAAUUUUUAGCCUACAUUAACGUGCGUAGUGAUAAUAAUACGUAGAUAGAGUGGCUUAUUUUUGUACCUAUAGUAAAUUAUUCAAAAAGUUCUUGAGGGAUUUAGUACGCUUACCUGAUAUCAACUGCCGGGCCCUGCGCCGAGGGCUACUAUCCCGACUCAAGUACUUUAUACAAAAAUGAGUCACCCUGCACUUUUUUCUUUAUAUAAAAGUAGUUUGGCGCUUAAAUUAAUGCAUAAUAUUUACGGUUCCUCCUCAUAAUUUCUCGUCAAUAUUUAGAUUAUUUUUUCCUAUUUAGCGCCAAUUCCUAAUAUACAAUUAAUUUGUGAUUAAUUUUUCAACGAAUUAGUGUUUAAUUUAUUUCUCGUUUCCGUUGUUGGGCUAUACUAAACUUAAACUAAAAACUUAUUUUGUAAGAAACAUUGUAAACUGAAGUCAAUAUUCGUAUAUUUAUCAAAAUCCACUGACAUAUUUUUAGGUACAUAUCAACAUAUUUUUUAAGCAAUCUUAAUAUCGGGCUAAAUUUCAUAUCACUUGAAACAAAAAUAUCAUUGAAUUUUUUUGGUAUUAUAUAACUAUAUGUAUUAAAUAAUUCUACAAGUUUAGGGAGUGCUUAUAAAACGCUAAAAAUAAUAUGAAACAAAAGUUUACGUCCUUUAGAUGGUAUAAUACAUAUAUGUAAUUAUUAUAGGGAGAUUUAAGUUUUGUGUUGUAUUGAGUCUUCCUGUUGGUCAACCUGUGGCUGACUAAUUGAUAUAUCAAUCCGUUUUGUGUUUGUGGAACUCUGGAUAGCUUUAUGAAUAUCUGAUGAAAUUUCCAUUUCAGCAACCAAGAAAAACAUUUCGCUUUUUCCCCAAUUAAUUUAGAAUUAAUUGAAACGUCACCAUCACCAUAAGACAGACACUAGAACCAAAAAUAGACCACAUAGAGGACAAAAAAUUGGCGGAUACCUGGUAAACAAGUAUAUGAUAGUGUGUUCGCCCUGCCUCUUGGUCUAAAGUACAAGUAAUUUGAUUAUUUUUCACAUGCCACAGCGGACAUAGUUUCUAAAAUUUUUACAAAAGAAAUUUUCCAGAAUCCAAGAUAUAUAAUAGGGCGUUAAGCUCGCAAUACAUCUGUGCAGUUUUUCGUGUAUUUAUACAUGUAUUGUAUAAAUUCCCGCUUUUUGUUAUCACCAGUGUUGCCGGAGGUGGCACAAUUGUACCAGGUGUGGUACCAUUCGUUUUGAAAAAGUAGGCUGGUACGACGUUGGCAUAUUUGGUACAAUUUUCAAUUUUUUUUUUCCCAAAUUCUCAAAGAGUCUUAGCUUACUGCCUACAGUCUAAUGUCGAUGUUCUAAUUAAUUUGUAUUUCUGUACCUAAACCAGCGCUGUGUGGGCUGGCUUUCAGUUCCGGACUAAGGGAUUUCGGCCCUUACAAGUUUAACGGUACUUUUGUUAUCAAUUUUUAAAAUUUUUAAGUGGGUACUACUUUAACAAAUAUUUGCUUUGUUUGGUUUGCAUCGUAAUUUGAUAAUUUUGCGUUUUAAAUAGCAUCCUACUUUAUUUCACUCAUUUGGAGUCUUUGCAAACGUAUACUACUUUAUUGUUGUCUUUGUCUUACUCACAUAUAAUUAACAAUUAAACAUUUUUUCAUUAAAAUUAAACUAAAAACAAGUUUCCAAGACCUUAUUCGGGAAAUUUAUUGUUUUAUAAUCGGCAUUAUUUAAUUAUUCAACAGGUUUUAAUUAAAUUAAACCAUUUAAAAUGUCAUUAAUGUCAUGCGGCAACUUCGCUUUUAGUCGGCCGUUUUAUAGUGACGUGUUUAUGCUUUUAUCCAGCUUUUCCUUGGAUUUUCCAUUUUUCCAAGGCGUUUGAAGUCGGAAAAACUAGUUUAAAGUACGAGGCUUUGAGUUUUUUCCAUUUUGUGCAAAAAAUUUCCAGUUUUCCAAUAGGGUAAGUGACAAAAACUCAAGUCUCAUCAAAUAGAUGCUGGAAUGUUAUUUUUAGAUGUUUUUCUUUGGAUUUUCCGCUUUUCCAAAGCUUCUUCAAUUCAAUCAAAUAUGAGGCUUUAAGUUUUUUCCAUUUUGUACCAAAAAUUUCCAGUUUUCCAAUGGGGUAAGUCACUAAAACUUAAGUUUCAUCAAGUAGGCUUUAGAAUGUCCUUUUCAGAGGUUUUUCUUUGAAUUUUCCGCUUUUCCAGGGCUUUUUUGGUCGGGACUUGCACACAUUUAUAUUUUUAAAUGCAAUAAUUUAAAAAAUCCUAUUUGAAUGCUUUUUCUGGAAGUUUUGAUGUGGCAACAUCGUUUGUAGUCAACUUCAAUCAUGUUAACCCAUUGAACUAAACAAACAUACUGAAACGGUGGCUGCAUAAUGUUUCUAAUGCAAGGGUUUGUGCCAGGAAGGACAACAAACAAGUGGGAUUUGCAUCUCUCUCUGCACUAUGGCGGCUAUUGAGAACAGCUGUUUGAAGUGUUUAGAUCAUUGAGGUUAAGAAGAUGAAGAAGCUCUUCUUUCUUUUACGUUACUCGUAAUGAGUGCGAGCGAGACAACAAUCCCUCUGUAUUGCUAGGUUGCAUAUAUCAAAAUUUGGCACACUAGCAUAAAGCAUCAGUGCGCCCUUUCCAGAGUGUUUGUUUAGUUCAAUGUGUAAACCUUGUAAUAAAUGUUAUUUGUCAAUUUGGAAAGUCGACCAUUUUGAGUGUUUUUAUCCAAGGUUUUCCUCGAAAUUUCCGCUUCUCCAGGUCGUUUUAAAACGGAAAAAAUAGUUUAAAGUACGAGGCUUUGAGUUUCCUUCAUUUUGUGCCAAAAAUUUCCAGUUUUCCAAUGGGGUAAGUGACAAAAACUCAAGUUUCAUCAAGUAGGCUUUGGAAUAUCCUUUUCAGAGGGUUUUCUUUGGAUUUUACGCUUUUCUAGGCCGGGAAAACCGAUUUAAAGUACGAGGCUUUGAAUUUCCUUCAUUUUCAGCCAAAAAUUUCCAGUUUUAAAUUAAAAUUAAAACCGCAAAAAAAAAAAAUUAGUAAAAAACAAAUUUUUAGGGAAUUUAUAUAUAUUUUUUUUUCAGGUGGCUACACAGCUUUCUAGCUAACUUUACUCGGAUUCUAAUCCAGUAGGUCUUGGAAUGUUAUUUCUAAAGUGACAUUUGAGAACAAAGUAUGGUCACCUCCACCCUAUAUUAUAGGCUGGUACAUUUUUACUGAAUCUGAUACAAUUUGUCUUUAAUUUUGAUACUCUGGCAACACUGUUUUUGAUACAAAAUGAAGGAAACGCAAAGCCUCGUACUUUAAAUCGAUUUUCCCGAUCAAAAACAGCCCGGCAAAGUGGAAAAUUCGGAUAAUAAUGUAAAUCCGUCAAAUGAAAAUGGCCGACUGUCAAAAAUGACAAAUGAUAUUUAUUACAAGACCUCCUUGAUUGAAGUUAGCGACAAAGGGUGUUGCCACAUCAAAAGCAUUUUAAAUGGGAUUUUGCUAAUUAUGGCAUUUAAAAGUGGAAAUUUUUGCUAGAAAAUGAAGAAAACUCAAAGCCUCGUAUGUUAAAUCGCUUUUUUCCUUUAAAAAUCCCCGGAAAAGUCGGAAAUUCGAGGAAACACUGGCAAAAAAACACAAGACGUCACUUCAAAAUGGCCGACUAAAAGCAACAUUACCACAUUACAUCUCGGAAAACAAAAAUAACAUUUUAAAUGAGUUUUUUGUUUAAAAUUCAAUUAAAAAUUGUUAAAUAAUUAAUAAAUAAUGAUUAUAAUAAUUAAAAUUCCCUAGAUUCCCGGAAACUUGGUUUUAGUUUAAUUUCAAUGAAAAUGACAUUAUAAGGUUUACUCGUUGAUUCUAGUGAGUAAGACAAAGACAACGAUAAAGUAGUAUAUGUUUGUAAAAACCACCGUUUUCUGAAAAAAGUAAAAAUCUUAUGAAAACCCAAUAGAAAACCAACAUUCCAAAGUCAUCUUGAUAAAACUAAAAGUUUUUGAAUAUUCCCGGCUCUUUGAUUGGGCGCUAAAAAUCGCACUUUGAAUAUUCCCGGUUUUUGAUUGGCUCCAAAUUAUCCGCUGACCAAUAGAAUUAUAAACGGGGCCCCGUGAUCAAAAUAACUCCAGCCCUUCGGGCUCUCGUAUAACUCCGGCCCUUCGGGCUCGCAUUUAAUUAACAGUUUUCCCGAUCGAAACAGGCCUGGAAAAGUGAAAAAUUCGAGGAGAAACUGGAUAAAAACACUCGAAAAUGGCCGACUGUCUAAAAUGCCAAAUGACAUUUCAUUACAAGACCUAUUUGAUCAAAAGCGACGUUGCCAUAAUUACAAUCUCAAACAUAAUGUUUUUCCAGUUUUUAGUGAGUAAAACAAAGAAGAAUAUAAGGUAGGAUACAUUAGUAAAAAACUGAAAGCGAUUAUAAAUGAGUAAGAUAAAGAGCGAGAUAAAGUAGGAAACAAUUUAAAUGAUCAGUUGGUCGAGCCAAACUAUCAUCAGAGUAAAUUUUCGAUUGUUCUCGGUUCAAACACUUGGAAUAAUUACUCAAUAUUUUUUUGACAACUGACAAGCCUACAGACAAUAUUAGGACUUUUGACAAUUGACGAGUUCAUUUUCAGGACCACCUACGAUUGUUAUGACAUUUUUUGUCAAUUGACAGCCUUGUGAUUCAGAUUGAGGCCUACAACAGCAACGUUGCUACAUUUUAACGGUAAUUUGGGAGCAUUUGUAAAUGUAAAACGUUGACAAGUGACAAUUGACAUCAAGAAACGAUUGUUAUGAUAUUGUAGGCUGUUUGAAAUUUUUAACUUUUGGCAACACUGUAACGCUAGAGGACUGAAAUGGCGUUUUUUUUUUUAAUCAUGAGCCCGAAGGGCGAGAGUGUUUUCAAUCUUGAACCGAUAGGGCAACAAAGAAACGCCAUUUUGUAUCGAGUUUUAAAGAAAACAAGGCCUACUUUGAAACGUCAAAAUCUUUAACGUUUAGGAGCCUGAAUGGCCGGUGUUGUUUUAAUUACGUUACGAGUCCGAAGGGUCGCUCUGGUACAAUUUUUCUUUAAUUUUGGUACAAAAAAUUUUUGUUCUCUGGCAACACUGGUUAUCACUUCGUGGAACACCCUGUAUAAGGCAAGAGCGGAUAAAAAUUGCUUGAAUUUGACUGUUCGCUGGCCAAUGUUAAUGAGUAGGUAAUGUCCGCCCUGGUGACCGCGUGGCCUGAUGAACAGUGGACACCGAUGCAACAAUCAUUACCAAAUUAAUGUGCAAAAUUAAAACUGGAAAAUCCACAGGUUGCUGACAGAAUGGAAGAUUUUAAAUUGAAAUUGAAAAAUAUCGAAACUGAAAAGGGGAUAUUUUUUCACUUUACCUGGCUUUACUUCCAAACUCCACUCAGCUGGCCAACUCUUUCAGGAAGUUCAAGUCUAAUGCAAAGGAGUACAAACGAAACUGUCUUGAUUUAACCGGUCGUGGCAAACAAAAAAAAAAACUGCGGGUCUAUUUUCUCGAACCACACGAAUAGAUAAGUCGAAGCUAUAAUAUGCACCCAAUCGAAAUUCGAAAAUAGGUGUGAAUUAUACAGGGUGUCCCACAGAGGUGAUAACUUUGGAACGCGUCAUCCAAUAUAAUUGAAAUUCCGGGGAUCUAGGUGACUUUUUGUUAUCACCUCGUGGAACACCCUGUAUAGGGCAAGAGCGGAUAAAAAUGGCUCGAAUUUGACUGUUCGCUGGCCAAUGUUAAUGGGUAAGUGAUGUCCGCCCUGGUGACCACGUGGCCUGGCUUUACUCCACUCAGCUGGCCAGCUCUUUCAGGAAAUUCAAGUCCAAUGCGAAGGAGUACAAACGAAACUAUAAAAUUUUUCCCCCAAAAUGUAGACCUCUAAUUUCUUCGAUUUUCACUUUUUGUCUUGAUAUUAUAUCGGUGUGAAACAUUCAUUCUAGUGUAAUAAGUCCUCGUAAAGCUAUCCAGAGUCUUUUUUUUUUAAUAUAGCGCCCCCUUUACAUAGAUUUAUACACCCAUUUAGUUUUUGGACAUUUUACUAAUAAGUCCUCCCCCCCCCGGCAAAAAAGACAAAUAGUAAAUGUAAAACGUAGAAUUACUACAUAGUUUUAGUUAUUUAUUGUAGAUUUGGGAGUCGUUUGGGAUUGUUUUUUGUUAAGUUUUUUUAUUAAAAAUCCCAAAUAGUUCUCGAAUCGUUUCCUAGUUAAACUAGUUACUGUUUUAGACACUGUAUACCCUUAUAUUUGUGGUGAGUAUUAGGUCAAUGAUUAUCCGAUAUUUGGCACGUACAUAUAAGUACCUGAAACAUUUUUGUCCGGCCAAAUGUCGGAACGAAGAGUUCAAUUCCUGUGCGUGUGGUUUAUUUCGUAGUUUUUAUCCUCUCUCUAUUUGCAUAUUGCAAUAUGUGUCGUAUAUAAAAAAAAAUUAACAAUAUAUUGAAAAGAAAAAAAAUUAGUUUUGAGUCAAUUACUUGUGCCUCUAGCAUACUUAUCGUGUCUCUAUCUAUCGCCCAUAUCCACUCUUGAAACUCCACUACUAUUUUAUACCUGACGGUCUCUCUCAUAGGUUUAUUAUAUUUGCACAAUGUUUGCUCCUCUCUGUGAUAACUUAUUGAUUAAUUAUUAAUUUUUUUUUAUUUAGGUGGACAAUUUAAGGAUUUUCUCCCGGGAUAAUUAUUUCCUAAAUUGAUAUAUUAUUAUUAUACUGAGUGACAUAGAAAUUGUAACACCCAGUAUAUAUUUUAUCAAUAUUUUGGGUAAUAGCUAGGAUAAAUAUGAAUAUUAAUCGAUGACAAUUUGAUAGUUAGUUGUCGUGGUAUGCAGAUCUCCCAUUCUACAUUAAUAACUUAUUACAACCUGUCGCAUUGCCCUACCUUCAGCAACUGUAAGAUCCAAUUUUUCAACAAGACGAUGCGAAGUCACAUACUAGAAACUUCCUUCAACAAGCUAAUGUAACCCUUCUUCCAUGGCACGCAAGGUCACCAAACUUAUUACCUAUUGAACAUGUCUGAGAUGUAAUAGGUAGAAGGCUGAGGCAGUUGACACAUCUUCUGCUGGAUGUACAACGUUAGUCUGGGAGAACCUACCACAGGCAGAUAUCGAUCAUCUCCUCUCCUAUCUCAAUUUUCCCAAUUUCACAGGAAACACGACUUUAUCUUUUCGGUAACAUCCAACCAUGUGUUGUAAGAGUAUGAUUCAACUUAGAUUUAUUUUACCAUAACUGAAAGUUCUCUAAUAGGCAUUCUAUAUAAUUGUACACAACAAUAUUAUAUGGUUCAUAGUUGGGCUCUUCGACGUAGCUAUAGCUUUUACAUGGGGGGGGGGGGGUUAAGAGCAGUGGCGGCUCGUGGUUUAUGCUAGAAGGGGUUCCAAUUUUAGACCAGACGAUAUAUAGGUAACUGGCGCAGCAUAGUUCAGGAUAUCGGCGAAAAUUUUGUUCGGGUGCCACGCCCAAAAAAGUUCAUUUUUCUUUAAAAAAAAAAUAAUUUACUCGGUUCAAUAGAGGGAGUUUGAACCCCCAAAACCCCCCCUCAUAUAUGUCCUUGCGUUGGGCUUAAAUUUUUAAAAAACAACUUUAUAGUAACGUCACUUCGUGAGAGCCACUGUACCGGAUUUUUAGGAAGGGCCUUAUCAUGUUUAAAAUGCAUUAGAAUUUUAUAAUUAACAUAAUUUUGUUAUAAAAUAAACAAUUUGUUUAUAAUAAUUAAGCUUCACUCACCUGUCAAGAGAUUGAGCUGGGAAUUACCAUGAGCCCAUCUCUUUCUCUGAACCUGGCUAAGAAAAAGAUGCCCAACAGACAUGAAAACCAUUCUAGAAAGGUAAUUUCUAGUCAAUUAAUUUAUUUGUCAAUUGGGAUAAGCAUUCGACUUAUUGAAAAAUAGGGUGGGCAACUGGAAAUUACUGGUUCUGAAACGCUACUUAUGAUUUGUUGGAAUAGAGCUUCAAACACACAAAAGGCCUAGUUUCAUAAUAUUCGAAUUUCUUUUACUCACCCCUCAAAAACUGUGGCCCCCACUUGGAAAUUCAAUUUUCUGGGCAAAAUAAACACAGAAUUCGAACCGCGACACUUUUCCAAAUACUUUUUCCUAUUAAAAAGCCCCGGAAAACUGGAAAAUUCAACGAAAAGCCGGAAUAAAAACACCUUAAGUAACCGACUAUUAAAUGUCAUUGUCAUAGGCCAUUUAGGACCUACUUGAUGAUGAUUUUAAAACUAGAAAUUCUCUACAAAAGGCCCUUAAAACUCAAAGCUUCGUACUUUAUAUCAUAUUUCCCGCUCGAAAACGACCUGGAAAAGCGGAAAAUCCAAAGAAAAACCAGCAAAAAUAAGAUUCCAAAGUCUACUUAAUAAAACUUGAGUUUUCGUCACUUACUUACUCCCUCGGAAAACUGGAAAUUUUCAGCGGAAAAUUAAGCCUCGUUUAAUUUACAGUGAUUCUAUUACCCACAGUGGCGACAAUUGCUGUCUUAUUUUUAAUUGGUUCUAAAAUCCCAUAUUAUUUAUAUUGAAAACGCCGCCACCUUGUUCUCACCUAUUGCUUAUUUCAAAUAUAGAUAGGUUUAUGGGAUUUAGGUGAUCAUCCAUCAUAAAACAUGGAAAACAACGUAUUUGAUAGACCUAAUAAUAGUCAUCAAAUAUGUCGAUUUCAAUUUAUUAUGAUAGAUGUCCAUUUAAAUCCUAUAUAUUGAUAUUUAAAAUUAACAAGACGUUGGGAACAAGAUGGCGGCGGAACCUCUAUUGUCGCCACUGUAUGUAAAGGUUCAUUUAGCCACUGUAACAUGAACCCAUCUCUUUCUCUGAACCUGGGCUAAGAUAAAGAUAAAAAUAUAUAUUUUUAUGCCUGCUCGCCUAUUUUUAACAUAUAUAAAACACUAUAACUUUGUACCAACAGACAUGAGAACCGUUCUAGAAAGGUAAUUUCCAGUCAAUUACUUUAUUUGCCAAUUAGGAUAAACAUUCAACUUAUUGUAAAAUAGGUGGGCAACUGGAAAUUACUUGUUCUGAAACGCUGCUCAUGAUUGUUGAAAUAGAGCUUAUAAACACACAAAAGGCCUAGUUUUAUAAUAAUCGAAUUUCUUGUACUCACCCCUCAAAAACUGUGGCUCCCACUUGGAAAUUCAAUUUUCUGGGCAAAAUAAACACCGAAUUUGAACCGCGACAGUUUCCCGAAUACUUUAAAGUACUUGUUCCGAUUGAAAAGUGCCAGGAAACUGGAAAAUUCAACGGAAAACCGCGAUAAGAACACUUAAAAUGUCACUGCGCCCUUAAUUUUAGUAUUUAAAACUGGAAACUCUUGACAAAAAAUAAAUAAAACUCAAAUUCUCAUACUUUAAAUCAGUUUUCCCGCUCGAAAAUGACCUAGAAAAGCGGAAAGCCCAAAAAAAAAAUCAUCAGAAAUCACAUUCCAAAGCCUACUUGAUAAAACUUGAGUUUUCAUUACUUACCCCCAUGGGAAACUGGAAAUUUCCGGCGGAAAAUGAAGCCUCGUUUAAACUACAGUGACUCUAUUACCCACAGUGGCGACAAUUGCUAUCUUAUUUUUGAUUGGUUCUAAAAUCCCACAUUAUUUAUAUUGAAAACGCCGCCAUCUUGUUCCCACCUAUUGCUUAUUUCAAAUAUGAAUAUAUGGGAUUUAGGUGAACAUCUAUCAUAAAACAUGGAAAACAACGUAUUUGAUGGACCUAAUAAUAGUCGAUUUUAAUUUAUUAUGAUAGAUGUCCAUUUAAAUCCUAUAUAUUGAUAUUUAAAAUUAACAGGAGGUUGGGAACAAGAUGGCGGCGGAACCUCUAUUAUCGCCAUUGUGUGUAAAGGUUUAUUUAGCCACUGUAACAUGAACCCAUCUCUAUCUCUGAACCUGGCACAGAUAAAGAUAAAAAUAUAUAUUUUUAUGCCUGCUCGCCUAUUUUCAACAUAUAUAAAACACUAUAGCUUUGUUCCAGACAUGAGAACCGUUCUAGAACGGUAAUUUCCAGUCAAUCAAUUAAUUUGUCAAUUGGGAUAAACAUUCAACUUAUUGAAAAAUAGAUGGGUAACUGGAAAUUACUGGUUCUGAAACGCUACUCAUGUCUGUUGGAACCAUUGAGGUAGAAUAAUAAGGAGGCAAAAUGACGAGACAAACGUGUAUCCAGUUCCGCCAUAUUGUGAGUGUGCUUCUGUCUGAAAGUCUGUCACUUUUGUUAUAGCAACGCGACAGUAAUGCAUCAGGGCCGCAUUUUCCAUCCGAAGAUGUUUUAAAUACGAAACAUUUUUGAAGCGCAGAAUUUCUAUUUUGGGUCUUAGAAGAAUCUUCUGUUUCAGUAUGUUGAAGUUUCUGUAGCAACUUCUUCUUUCUUGGCGUAAUGUAGAUUUUUUACGUUUUUAGAUAAAAAUUAUAAAGAAUUUAUUUAGUUCGGCUCUGUGUGAGUAGCCAUAUUGUUAGUGUCUUUAGCCACGCCCACCGAUACCGUUUUUAUUCUACUAUUCAAAUGCUGACAGCGUCUCCCUAUUAUUCUACCUCAAUGGUUGGAACAGAGCUUAUUAGGCAAUCCAAACCACAUGACAUUCAAGAUGGCGUGGCGGCCACACAUGGACCAAAAAACACAAAAAACUUAAUAGUUUCUGUAUUUAGUCGUAGUAACUACAAAACGAAACAAAAUAAUUAAAAUAAUGCAUAAAAACACAUAUUCAAAACAAACUUGCUGGCCGCCACGCCAUAUUGAAUUUUUCGUUUUGACAGAUGGAUUGGAUUGCCUAAUAAACACAAAAAAGGCCUAGUUUCAUAUUAAUCGAAUUUCUUGUACUCACCCCUCAAAAACUGUGGCCCCCCUCUCGGAAAUUCAAUUUUCUGAGCAAAAUAAACACAGAAUUCGAACCGCGACACUUUUUCGAAUACUUUAGAGUGCUUUUUCCGAUUGAAAAGUCCCGGAAAACUGGAAAAUUCAACGAAAAACCGGGAUAAAAACACUUGAAAUAACCGACUGUCAAAUGAUUUCUGCUUGCGCCCUCAAUUUUAGCAUUUAAAACUGGAAACUCUUGGCAAAAAAAAUCAGAAAACUCAAAGCCUCGUACUUUAAAUCAAUUUUUCCGCUCGAAAACGGCUCGCAAAAGCGGAAAAUCCAAAAAAAAAUCAGCAAAAAUAACAUUCCAAAGCCUACUUGAAAAAAUUUAAGUUUUCGUUACUUACCCCCUUGGAAAACUGGAAAUUUUUGGCGGAAAAUGAAGCCUCAUAUUUUAAACCAGAUUUCCCGACUGAAAACGGCCUGGAAAAUCGGAAAAUUCGAGAAAAAACUGGAUAAAAUGUUCAAUUAAAAAUGGCCGACUGUCAAAAGAAAAGUGGCAAAUGACAUUUCACUACAAGGCCUACUUUGAUUAAAAGUGACGUUGCCACAUUUCAAAUAGGAAAAAAAUUACAUACUAAUUUCUGGGAAACUGACUCACAAUCAUAAUGGUGCCGGCAAUUAUUAUCAUCGUCUAUAAAAUGUGUAUAACAAAGCAAUUUCCAGCAUUUAUGCCAGGAACUAAAUAUUUUAUCGUCAUAUUUAGGUGCUUUACAAAUCCUGGUGAAAUUCGGAUCUGCGUCUGGAUUGUUUAUAAACAUACAAAAGGCCUGGUUUCAUAAUAAUCGAAUUUUUUGUACUCACCCCUCAAAAACUCUGGCCCCCACUUGGAAAUUCAAUUUUCUGAGCAAAAGAAACACAGAAUUCGAACCUCGACACUUUUCCGAAUACUUUAGAGUACUUUUUCCGAAUGAAAAGUCCGGGAAAACUGCAAAAUUCAACGAAAAAUCAGGAUAAAAACACCUGGGGCCAUAUUCUCUGUAGGUCAUAAAGCCUAGCUUAGCGGAAAAGCUCGGUUAUACAAAAAGCCAAGCGUUUCCAGUAAGCCAGGCUUUAUGAACUACGGAGAAUAUGGCCCUUAAAAUGACCGACUGUCAAAUGUCAUUGUCACAGGUCAUUCUAAAACCUACUUGAUAAUGAUUUUAAAACUAGAAAUUUCCUAAAAACUUAUAUUUAAUGAUUUUUGGUUAUGUCCUCAAUUUUCGCAUUUAAAACUGAUGGAAACUCUUGGCAAAAAAAUGAAGAAAACUCAUCAGUCUUGUACUUUAAAGGUCUGUUUCCACAGAAAUUACAAACCAGUCAGAGCAAAUUUCAUUGGUUGAAAAUAGUCAAGAAACUGGUUGUUAGCGAUUUGGACCAAUCAAAAACGCUCUGACUAGUUUGUGAUUUCUGUGGGACAGACUUUAAAUCAGGUUUUCUGAUCGAAAACGGCCUGGGAAAAAGCGGAAAAUCUGAACAAAAACCAUCAAAAAUAACAUUCUAAAGCCCACUUGAUAAAACUUGAGUUUUCGUUGCUUACCCCCUUGGAAAACUGGAAAUUUUUAGCGGAAAAUAAAGCCUCAUAUUUUAGACAAGUUUUCCCGACUGAAAACCACCUGUAAAAACGGAAAAUUCGAGGAAAAAGUGGAUAAAAUGUUCAAUUAAAAAUGGCCGACUGUUAAAAGAAAACUGGCAAAUGACAUUUCAUUACAAGGCCUGCUUGAUUAAAAGCGACGUUGCCAUAUUCCAAAAUUAGAUUUUAAAUGUUUUUUUUUUUGUUUAAAAUUUAGUUAAAUAAUUAAUUAAUAAUGUUUAAUAAAAUUAUGGAAAAUUGAAAAAUUCAACGAAAAACAAUGUGAGCCAUUUUGAAACAACAAUGAAACUACACUCAUUUGUCACGAAAUGGCGCUGCAAUCGCGAGCCCCCCCAAAAAAAAAAAAACACCUAAAAUCGAGUAAAAUAACUUUAAUUAAGGCCUAAUUAAGUUAAAUUCCAUCAAAAUUAAUAUAAUUAUAAACCUUUGAUAAUAGGUUUCAUUCAAGCAGGUUUUGGAAUGGCAAUUUUGCAGUGUUGUCAAUUGCCGGAUAAUUGUUCAAUUGCCGGACUAUUUGAUGGGCUGGUGGAUUUUGAAAAUAGAUCGGAUAAUUUCGGAUAUAUUUUUCUCCAAUUUCAUGUUUCGCAUAUUUUUAUUUUUUCCAGAACAGAACAGAAAAAUGCGACCGACUGUUUGUAGAUUUCUGUAAUUACUCCAUAACCAAAAUCCAAUCUCCUUGUAUAGGUACGUCAUCUGUUCCUACUUUUGGGUAUCUUAUCCACAAAGACAUUGUACCUACAUACAUUUUUUUUAAAAAUAAUUUCUUACAAAAAAAAAAAACGUGUAUAAUUUCGUAAUAUUGUAUUGGCAACACUGCAUUUUGACACUUAACAGUCGGCCAUUUAUAAGUGAAAAAUGGCAAACGUGUUUUCAUUUCCGUAAAAUUUUCAAGUUUUCAAUAGGAAAAAGUACUCUAAAGUAUUCGGAAAAGUGUCGCGGUUCGAAUUUAGCGUUUAUUUUCCAAGGAAAAAUGAAUUUCCGAGCGGGGGCCACAGUUUAAGGGGCGAGUACCCGUGAGUACCGAGAAAAUUAAUUUAUUAUAAAACACAGGGUUUUUGUGUGUAUGUUUAUAGUUAUUUUAUGUUGAAAUAGGUUUUUUUUGAUCAAGUAGGCCUUAAAGAAAGAUUUUCGCAAAAAAAACAAUGUUUUUUUUAUCUUUCUCUGUGGUACCAGGCUCAUACAUAAUGUAAACUUCAAUAAUCAAGUAGGCCGAUAAUACAGGUCCUUGUUACAUAAGAUUUUGAUUUUUUUUCAAAGUGCUUUAUAUUUUGCCUCAUAAUUUUGUCAAUUUCCAAAUUAAAUGUUUUACAAAAUACUAAUUUAUAGUUUUAGUGUAGGUUUUACUAUUAGAACUGGGGUACUUGCUGAUUUCUGGGUAACUGACUCACAAUGGUUCCGGCAAUUAUCAUCAUUGUCCAUACAAUGUGUAUAACAAAGCAAUUUCCAGCAUUUAUAGCAGGAACUAAAUAUUUCAUCGUUAUAUUCAGGUGCUUCACAAAUCCUGGUGAAAUUCGGAUCUGGCGUCUGGAUCUCAUAAAGUUAUAUAGAUUGAGAUACGAUACUUCGUAAGGCUAAAGUACAUGGAAAAAUAAAACUCCAGUCAACUUAUGUCAAAUUUUGAAAAAAAAAGAGAUACGACAGUUCGUGAGAUAGGAGAUGAGCUGAUUUGCAGCAAUGCCCGGAAGAGUUACAGAAUGUCAAAACUUAUGUGGAGACACAACUCACUAUUGAAUUGUUAAGAGUUCCUUUCAAUGAAUUUCUUUGAAAAUUUCAUAUUUAUCCCAAAAUAUUAAUAAAAUACUGGGUGUUGCAAUUUCUAUGUCACACAGUAUAAUAAGCUUCUGCUCCAGUGCCAUAGAAACACAAAAUUGAUCUACAUUUAUUGGAGCCAUUCUUUAAAUUGAAACUUACCCACCUAAUAUAAUAUACAUAUAAAGGAAAAAUCGUUCUAUUUGUUUGUUGUAUAAAUUCUAAGACUGUUAAUUAAUUUGUCGCAAUAAUAAUAAUAUUUUAAGCUGUGCCAAAAAAGAGCUACGUAUAUUCUGUAAAUAUUUAAGUAAAAAAAUAACACCAUAUUAUAUAUAGAGGGAGACGAAAGGUAUUUACACCACCCACCCAGCCAAAAGCUUACACGUUCAAAAAUACAUAUACAUUUGAUACAUAUUUCUAUAUUGCAGGGUUGUGUUUUUUUCUAUUAUAUAUACAGGGUGAUUUUUUUUUGAAGUUUACAAUUUGACCAUGACAACAAAGGCUUAUUUAUGUAGAGUAUCUACAGCAAGAUAUUGAGAAGUUAUAAAUAAAGAACCAAUAUUAUCAUCACAGGUAAAUGGAAAAAGAUUACUUGGGAACAAAAUAAUAUACACUCAAAAAUAUUUUGCAGAAUCAGUUAUUUAUUUACAAUAUUUACAUCAUAAUCCUAAAACUACCUUUACCAACUUAUAACUUAAAUAUGACUAAACAAAUCUAUUCAUAAGCAGGGGUGGUAGUGGCAACCAGGAUUUUGCUAGGGCUUUACUGAGGCAUUUUGGGUCCCUUAUAGGCUAAUUCCAGUUCCAACUUAAAAGUGGUUGUGUCAUAUUAUAGGUGGUAUAUGGGCCGAUGCGUUACUGGGUUUUGGGGGUCGUCUCUAAGGGUGGCAAGGUCUCUGGUCAGUACAGGUCCGUGGAUGGUUUUCGCAAAGAAUUUCAUGGACACCUCAUUCUAGAGUACUUCAACUCCAGAAUUGUAUCGAUUUCCGCGAGUUUAUGUACUUCAACUGUUCGGGUGUCCAUGGGGAAUGAAAGUGUUAUCUUGAAUAUCUAGUUUUGGUAUCGUUGCAGUAUGAGUUUUUGGGAGUUGCUGAUAUAGUUCCAGGUGUGGGCAACGUAGAGUACGGUUAGUCGUAUAAUGGUUUUGUAAAUAUGUAUCCGGUUUCUGGGGCUGAGGUAUGAGUUUGGGUUAGUUAUAUAUGGUUCUUGUCAAGGACCACCCCCUAGGUAUUUCAUUGUAGUUUUGUUUUGUAUUUCCACGUUGUUGAAAGUUAAGGGUGGUUCAAUUGUGAUGUUUGUUCGUUUCCUGGUUAAUGUUAAAAGUUCAGUUUUCGAGAAGUUCAGGGUGAUUUUCCAGUCUCGCCAGAUUGAGGCAUCUUGAGCCACUUUCGCUACUGCAAGGGUCGUGUUAUGUUUUUGUCGAAACCCAAACUGCUCCGGUGGGAGGCAGUUAAGGGUGUCAAUUGUCCGGGUAAUUCUGUCCAAAAGUAUUCGUUCAGCAACUUUUCCUAGUGAGUUUCGUAGAGAUAUGGGUCUGUAAGAUUGUGUUAAAGUGAGAUCUUUUCCUGGUUUUGGAAAAAUUAUUAUGUCAGCUUGUUUCCAUGCUAAUUAAAAAUAUAUGUCAUGUAAUUUAGAAAAAUCUGUCAACAUCAUUUCAAUCAAUUCCUCGCCUCCACGACAAAAAUCUGUGAAUUUGGGAUACUCAGUAAUACGAGCCCGUAGGGCCGGAGUUAUUCGCAAGCCCGAAGGGCUAGAGUCAUUUUAAUCCCGGGGCCCAGUUUAUAAUUCUAUUCGUCAGCACAUAAUUUGGAGCCAAUCAAACAUCGGGAAUAUUCAAAAUGUGAUUUUAAGUCGAUAUUUCGAGUUUCAGUUUUCUCGGAUGUACCGGAAAAAAGUUAGCCUCCCCAUCUUUCUUGAUUUUGAUUUUUUUUCCGAAUUUCCAACAGAAAAAAAUACCAUCGGAUAGAGGAGCAAAAAAAAACGUUGAAAAGCUUAUGGGACGCUGCUUGCUAUGAGCAUUUUAAGGCCGGGAAAAAAAUUAAAAAAGGAUAUUUCGAUUUCGGCCAGAGAAAAUUUUCGGCGAUCUGACACGACGUUACUUUUUCGCUUAUAGCUCAGCUAUUUCUCAACCAAUCGUUUCGAGUCAUCAUUUCAUUGUCGAAUGAAAUCUUCCAAUGAGCAAGUUUGAAUUUGGAUCGUACGGUGUAGUAAAAUGCAAUUCAAUCUUAUACGUUUUACAUAGGUCAUGUAUUAGAUUUUUCUUGAAAGUUUGUACAUUUUCAGUGGUAAUUUUACUUGGUGUACCAUGAUGUGCAAAGGGUUUUAUUAAACUUUGACAAAUUUUUAACCUGACAAUGAGUAUUAUCAUCAUCACCCAGCCCUCUGCGUCCACUGCUGAACAUAGGCCUCUCUAAUCAUUUUCCAUUCACCAGUUGCUGCGGGUCCUCUUAAAAUAUCGUCUGACCGUAGUGGCGGCUCGUCAGAGGAGGCAGGGGAAGCUAAACCUCCCCCAAAAAAUUGAAAAUUCAAUUCCAGUUUUUUAUUCCUGAUGCCUAAUUAAAAUAAUAAUUCACAAAUUACACUUUACAAAUUUCGAAAUUUCCGGCCCGAAGGGCCGGAGUUAUACGCGAGCCCGAAGGCGCGGAGUUAUUAGCAAGCCCGAAGGGCUAGAGUCAUUUUAAUCCCGGGGCCCAGUUUAUAAUUCUAUUCGUCAGCAGAUAAUUUGGAGCCAAUCAAAAAUCGGGAAUAUUCAAAAUGUGAUUUUAAGUCGAUAUUCCGAGUUUCAGUUUUCUCGGAUGUACCGGAAAAAAGUUAGCCUCCCCAUCUUUCUUGAUUUUGAAUUUUUUUUCCGAAUUUCCAACAGAAAAAAAUACCAUCGGAUAGAGGAGCAAAAAAAAACGUUGAAAAGCUUAUGGGACCCUGCUUGCUAUGAGCAUUUUAAGGCCGGGAAAAAAAUUAAAAAAGGAUAUUUCGAUUUUGGCCAGAGAAAAUUUUCGGCGAUCUGACACGACGUUACUUUUUCGCUUAUAUCUCCGCUAUUUCUCAACCAAUCGUUUUGAGUUAUAUCUCUUUUGAAAGAGGAUGAAAUUACCUACUAAAUUUUUUUUUAUUGAGAUGCUACGCCGUUUUUGUCUUUGCGAUAUCAGCCAUCAAAGUUCACAUUUUUUGUAAUUUUAUUAAAAUUUUCGAGGUCGAUUAUCACGAAAACGGUGCCCCGUAGAGGAAUACUUCUUAUAAGCUUUUUUGUAGUAUUUGACGAGAUCUACAAGUUCUGCAUUUGAAAUUUUUCUCCCAAGCUUUUUGUUUUCGAGUUAGGUCGCUUUGAAAAUUAAAAGAAAAUUGGAAGGCUUAAUAUCUCCAUAGAUUAUUUUUUUUAAAAAAUUCAAAUUUUGAAUUUCGAAAAAAAAAAAAAUUACUUUGGAAAGAGAAGCAAAAAAUACGACGAAAAAUUAACUUGACUCUCCUCGCUACGGCGCAUCUUAAAGCCGGAAAAAAAUGAAGAAGGAAAUUUCGAUUUUGACCAGAAAAAAAUUGUGGGUGGGGGGCUCCGAUUUCCGAUUUUCCCAGUUUAUGUGGACGUUCAGUAUAAUUUUUGACCUUCUGGUUAAAGACCUUUAGGGUGAACCUAGAAUCCAGGAUGACUUCGUAUUUGGUCUUCAUUCCAUAGAUGCUUUUAGACUUUAUGUCAUAUUUGUCCUUAAGGUCCUGGAUCAACUCUGGGAUGCUGACGUCCACUUCAAGGCCCCUUAGCACAAAGGCAUGGCCCUUUUCCGUUUUUCCUGCAUAAGUAUGGUGUUUUAGAUCUUCUGUUUCGAAAUUUUGAAGCAGAGUCUGCCAGUCUUGAGUUCGCAGUAAAUCAUCGUUUUUUUAGUUAUUGGCGUAUCGCACAAAGUAUUUGGUGAUGUUAAGUUUCUGGAACUCAUUAAGCGUCUUGUGACUUUGGAACCUCCCCUUGAUCACUACUGGGGACGAUUUUUUUGACUUGGGGGUAGCUAACGUUUUGGCUUUGGGCUUGCUAGGGGCGCUUUGUCGGGCUUUUCUGGAAACCUGUUCACUCCUUAGUGCGGAGUUUUUUUGAUGCUGCACUGACUGUGUCAUUGAACUCAGUAUCUGAGGGGAGCAAAGCGAAUCUGUUGUUUGAUACUUUUAAUUACUCGCAGAAUAACCUACAUGGUCUGCCUAUAAAUCAAUCCAUCUUAGUAAAAUGAAAGAUGAGUAUGCAGGUAAGAUCGUGUGGAAGUUCUAUGGAUGGAACUGAGGCGAAGGCAUAUUGUGUUAAUGUGGAUGGGGAGUUAACCAAAAAAGCUAACCUAAUUUCGUGACUAAGAAAAAACUUAGUUUUGAAGAUUAUAAGGCUGCAGUUGAAUACUUUCCGUUUACAUAAACACAAUAUGUAUAUCGAACCUAAAAAUAAGGUAGCCUUGUCAUACGCGGAUGACAAACGCUACGUUAUACCCGGUAUACAGAGUACACGCUUGCUUGGAGUCAUAGAGAUUUGGAAAAGUAUAAGAUGUUUGUUAGCGGCACGCCAAAAUCCGAUUGGCGGAUUUUUAUAAACCCAUACUAGAAAAAAAUCCUAGCCUAGAAGAGUAAAUUUCAGAACUAGAAAUUGUAACAUUUCGAAAAAAAAUUCACCCCCUGUAUAUAUGUUGAUCAAAUAGAAGUUAAUAAUACAAAAGUUGAGGGGUCGAUUUUCUGAAUUGGGGACCAAAUUAUUUGGAGUUAAUAUUCACUACUGAAAAAAACAAACCCUGUUAUAAGAAAUACUAAACAUUUAUAUUGGUCAAAAAUUGAAUCAACUUUUGACCAAAAUCCGUAUAAUACUUAAUAGUAAAACACACAUCAAAAAUUUAAAUUUUAGGUAAAUGUCUAUCGAUGUAUUUUCGGAGCUGUGUAUAUUUAAAAACAAAAAAGUAUUAGGUAUAAUAUUAUAAUAAAAAUAUAAUUAUUAUUAAAAAAAAAAACGCGUUCUACAAAUAAAUAAUAAUAAAAUGCCAAAUAAUAAUAAAUGAUAUUCUAUAUAUUGAUUAUUUAGUUCCCCUUGUUUUGUCGAUCGGUUUUCAAUUUUUAUUUGCGUAUCUGUGAUUAUUAUUUUUGUUGGAGCAAUAUAUUAAUAUAUGACCAUUCAAAAUUCGAUCGACCCAACAAGGCCAUGGAACAAAUUUUAUUUAUGUGUAAAUAAUAUUAUCUAUAGGUGGCUAAAAAGUAAAACAAUAAUUGAAGAAAAUGUGUGUGUUUUUGAACUUGUAAGUUAACGAUUCUAUAUCCUUCUCAUCCUUAUUGUGAUAUAAUCCUUUGUAUUUAUCAUUGGGAUUUUUCAGGUACCUACCAGGAAGAAAAACGACAGGAGCAACAUGUUAAAAAUUUUAUUAAAAAAUAACAAAACUAUAUUAGUAAAUUAACAAAUAUUUUGAUAGGUCAAAUAAUACGUCGCAAUUAGGGCCGGUUUAUUCAUCUUCUGAUAAAAUAUAAUAUAAUCUUAUUGGUCGACCAUUUUGUAAACAGUUUCCAGUAAGUUUAUCUGAAGUUGAAUAAACCGGACCUCAAUGGAACUCAAAUUCUGGCUUCAAAUAAUACCAGAUUUGAUUAUUAGUACUUCAAGAAUUGGUUGUCGUCUAUACUUCAAACUUAACUUUUCUAAAAUUUAAAAAUACCAACAGAGUAUAAAAUUUCUUUAGAAUUGGACGCCUUGUUGCAAACAACUAAAACUGAUAUGCCAAAAUAUCAAUUCCCAAAAUAAAAAAGUUCUUAUUGUUAUUUACAAUGAUAUUAGUUUAGCAUUAACUAUUAUAUAUAUUGUCUAUUUCUACUUAUUUGUUUCAUAUUAC